AUCCUUAUGAAGUUUUAUUCUUUUCACGAACACCAGAUGAGAUUUUUGAAGAUGACGACUUUGAUAGUGAUGCUGAGAUUGUGGAAUUAACUAAUAAAACCAAUGCAAUUAUUCUAGACAAUGAAAACCAAAUUAAUAAAGAAAAGUUACCUGUACUACCUGAUUUUAGUUACUUAAAGCAUAAUGUACCAUUUCAUCAAA